AUUUUCUUGUCUAAUAAGAGAUCCCCAAGACAAGACCUUCGUGUCGGUUCUGGUUUGAGAAAGCCAAAUCUAGUUUGGCUGAUUUUGGUGGUUCCACAUCAAAUUCUGCCCCCAAUUUCGUUCUUCAAAAUUCAGUUCACCUGAUCUGGAUAUAGUUCUUCAGCUGAUUUGGAUUCACAAAUACGGGGAUUCUAAAGAUCAAACUCUCCGUCAAAACUUUAAACAGAAAUGGCAUUGAGAACAUGCUCUAAAAACUUGGGAAGUAAGCUCUCGUGCAUGCUAACUCGAACUUCGCUUCUCCAUUCUCAUGCUACUAGCUUUGGAUUUAAGCAAGUACCAGAAGACGAAAAAAGCAAAUUGGUCGGUAAUGUAUUCAGUAGUGUUGCUUCAAGCUACGAUCUCAUGAACGAUUUGAUGAGUGGUGGAUUACAUAAAUUGUGGAAAGACAGGUUGGUCUCCAAGCUUCAUCCAAUUCCUGGAAUGAAGUAUCUUGAUGUCGCUGGUGGGACAGGGGAUGUUGCUUUCAGGAUUUUUGACUCCAUUAAUAGUGUCAGUCGUAGAACCACACAAGGUGCCCUCGAGGGUAACCUAGAUGACGAAACUCAGAUUAAUAUAUGCGACAUCAACCCUAAUAUGCUAAGUGUUGGUAAAAAGCGUGCUGCCGAGAGAGGCCUUGGAGACAAUCGUUCCCUUGUGUGGGUAGAGGGUGAUGCAGAAGCCUUGAAAUUUGGAGAUGGUACGAUGGAUGGUUAUACAAUUGCCUUUGGAAUUAGAAAUGUUACACACAUAGAGAAAGCCCUUUCGGAAGCUUACAGGGUACUGAAACCAGGAGGUAGAUUUCUAUGUCUUGAGUUGAGUCACGUGGACGUCCCCAUCUUUAAAAACUUGUACGACUAUUACUCGUUUUCAGUCAUUCCGGCCGUAGGAGAGUUAGUUGCAGGUGACCGGGAAUCUUACCAGUACUUAAUAGAGAGCAUCCGCAAGUUUCCUCGCCAGGAAAUGUUUGCAAGAAUGGUCGCAGAUGCUGGGUUUCAAAAGGUUGAAUACGAAAAUCUUGUUGGGGGAGUUGUUGCCAUCCAUUCCGGUUUUAAGGCUUAGUUUGGUAUUGCUGCGGCUUUUAUAAAAGCACUUUUCUGCUGUGCGUUGCUGUGAGGAAAAAGCAGUUAGACAUUUGGUAAAAUACCAGGGACGGACCCAGGAAAGAUAAAUUUCCUUUUAAGACCCGGGCUAGAAGCUUUGGUGGAGCAAAAAAAAAAAAUUUGGCUUGUGGACUGGGAAGCCUACCCGGGCCAAAGCCCCCUUUAGCCCAGCUGUAGGUCCGUCAUUGUAAAAUACUAAUUAAAGUUAAAGCUGAUUAAAAAAGUAAUCAAAGUGUGUUCGGUAAAA